AUGUCUAUACACAAUAUAUAUUAUUUUGUUUGUUUGGCAAAUUUUCACAAUUUAUAUAUAUUUGUUUUGUUUCUUUCAUUUAUUGUUUUAAAUAAAAAUAAACACAAAAUAUUAUUUAAGGGGGAUCGAACCAGAAAAACAUUUUUAAAGAGAUGUUUUUAUUUUAUUCUGAUUUUUAAUGAGUAUAAAAACAUGUGUUUUUGAUAAUUGUUUUGUGUUUUUGAGUUUUAAUUUGUUUGUGUUUUUGUUUUGUAGUUGUUCUGAUUUUGUAAUUGUUUGUGUAUUUUUUUGUGUUGUAAUUUAAUUCUGAUUUUUAUUUAAUGUGUUUUUGUUGUUAUAUUCUGAUUGUUGUAAAAGUUUUUAUUUCUGUUUUUAUUCAGAUUUUUAUUUAAUGUUGUAAUCUAAUUCUGAUUUUUGUGGAUGUUUGUGUUCUUGUUUGUUUUUGUGUUUUUGUUGCAUUCUGAUUUUCGUUAAUGUUUGUGUUUUUGUCUUUAUUCUGAUUUUUGUGGAUGUUUGUGUUUUUGUUUGGUUUUGUGUUUUUAUGGUUGUUUUUGUUGCGUUCUGAUUUUUGUUAAUGUUUGUGGUUUUGUAUGGUUGUGUUUUUAUUCUGAUUUUUAAUUUUGUAUUUUUUCUGUUUAAUUCUGAUUUGAUUAUUUAAGUUCGAUCCCUCCAAUAAUAUUUACUUUGAAUAAAAUUUGUGUUUUCUUUUUCUCUUUUGCAUUAAAAUGCUCUCUAGAAACUUUAACGGUAUAUAAAGUAAAUUUACGGAAAUUAAAUUUUUUCUAAAUUUUAAUUUUCUGAAGGUUUUUAUCGAAAAAAAAUAUUUUUUAAAAAUAAAAUUUUAACAAUUUUUGAAAUUUACAAAAAUUAUUUUCUCUUUCUAAAUAUAAAAACGCUCCAAUUAACACCUUUUCUUAUUUGUUUUUCCCUCGGUUAUUUAUUAUUAAUUUUAUUUUUAAAAAAUUUGCUCAUGGAAUGCGCCAUGUUUUAAAAUUUAUU